UCGGAACAUCCUGCCCUUGUGAUUUUCUCGCGGGAACGACGGAGCCUAUAAAAGCGUCGGCAUGACACGACGAAGAAAUCAGUGUUGUUGGACCCUUUGUUCUGACAAUACGCAUUUGCGUGGCUUCGAACGAAUUCUUCUGGAAGGAUAUCAUCGCCGAAAUGGAGCUCGAACCGCUUGAGGUUUGUCCCUACGACCCGUCGCAUCAUAUUCGCAAGUCCCGUCUGCAGCGGCAUUUAACGAUCUGCUCCAAAAAUCAUCCCAAUUCCAACAUGAAACGCUGCCACUUCAAUGCCUCUCACAUCGUGAAGAAAGUCGAUUUUGAGAAACACCUGCUCGAGUGCCCAGACCGGGAAGCUGUGCUGGGCGCGUCAAGCGACGAUCCAGAUAUCCUUACGCCCAUGGAUGCACUCGCGAAUGCAGAUCCCAACGGCUGGGGAGAAGGCGCCUGGGGAAACGAGAGUGCUGGCGAGACUUACAAACCAAUCGAGGCUAUGAAGGACCGGGCGAUCCCGCAUGCAAAAAUUGCCUUGUCGAAAGCCCAGCGCAGAGAGCACCGUCAUCAAGAGAGAAGGAGAUGCAACGAGGUGAUUAAUAAGGAGCAGGUGAAGACGGGCAACCGGCGCUCCGUGUGAUUGCUAGUAUUCCAUUCGGCGUAAUGCUGCGUUUGCCGACCUUUUAUCAAUUUUAUUGCAGCACAAUGACUGAUUUUUACGACUGAUUUUACACCCCGACUGAUAAAUUUCGCUAGCAAUAAACGAUUUUUUAUUUUU